UCCAGCCCUCGCCGGUCCGAGGCCAGCAGGGGCGCGGGGCUGUGCCCGGCGUGAUGUUUUUGGGGACCGUCCCCCGGCCCCGCUGCGGAGCCGCCGGCACGCCGCGGCCGCUACAGAUGGUUCCAUGAGAAGGUUGCGGCUCUUCUUCCCGGUUAAGCCCCGCAGCCACGUCUCUAAUUACAGCUUUGAGGCCGGCGUGCGGCUCCAGAGGGAGAAGGAGCGCCGCAGUCGCUUCGGAUGAUUCGAGGCUGAGCGCUCUCGCGGCGGAAUGCUGGCGGCACGCACCGGGACCGUGGGCGGCAAGAGCGCCGACGAGUCCCUGAAGCUGAGGAAGCAGUCGGUGCUGUCCCUGGGCAGCCGGGACAGAGCCCUGAAGAGCUCGGCCGAGGGCAGCAAGGAGGGCCGAGCCCGGGCCGGGCAGCCCCAGCAGCGGGCGCGGCGCCUGGCGCUGCUGCGGGAGCUGGAGAUGAACUGGUACCUGCGGGUGUGCGAGCUGUCCCACGAGUUCACCAUCGCCUACACCACCGGCAUGCCCCACAGAAACCUUGGGAAGUCCGGGCUGCGAGUGUCGUGCCUGGGGUUGGGGACCUGGGUCACUUUUGGAGGUCAGAUCUCAGAUGAGGUGGCCGAGCAGCUGAUGACCAUCGCCUACGAGAGCGGCGUGAACCUGUUCGACACGGCCGAGGUGUACGCGGCUGGCAAGGCCGAGGUGAUCCUGGGGAACAUCCUGAAGAAGAAGGGCUGGAGGAGGUCCAGUUUGGUGAUAACCACAAAGCUGUACUGGGGUGGCAAAGCAGAGACGGAGCGAGGCCUUUCCAGGAAACACAUCAUCGAAGGGCUGAAGGCUUCUCUCCAGAGGCUGCAGCUGGAAUAUGUGGACGUGGUCUUUGCCAACCGGCCGGACAACAACACCCCCAUGGAAGAAAUCGUGCGGGCGAUGACACACGUGAUCAACCAGGGCAUGGCCAUGUACUGGGGCACGUCCCGCUGGAGCGCCAUGGAGAUCAUGGAAGCCUACUCCGUGGCCAGGCAGUUCAACAUGAUCCCCCCCGUGUGUGAGCAGGCCGAGUAUCACCUGUUCCAGAGGGAGAAGGUGGAGGUGCAGCUGCCAGAAUUGUAUCACAAAAUCGGGGUGGGAGCAAUGACGUGGUCUCCCCUGGCCUGUGGGAUCAUCUCAGGGAAAUACGGCAACGGGGUCCCUGAAAGCUCAAGGGCUUCACUCAAGUGCUACCAGUGGCUGAAGGAGAAGAUCAUCAGCGAGGAGGGCAGGAAGCAGCAGGGGAAGCUGAAGGACCUGUCCCCCAUCGCCGAGCGCCUCGGCUGCACGCUGCCACAGCUGGCUGUUGCAUGGUGCCUGAGGAAUGAGGGGGUGAGCUCUGUCCUUCUGGGAUCCUCCAACCCCGAGCAGCUGAUCGAGAACCUUGGAGCCAUCCAGGUCCUUCCAAAGAUGACAUCCCAUAUUGUAAAUGAAAUAGAUAAUAUCCUGGGCAACAAGCCCUACAGCAAGAAGGACUACAGAUCCUAAUGCAAUGCAUGAAUUUCCUGGACUGCAUGGUUUAGAAGUGCUCUGUACUCCAGUACAGCCCUGAGUUACUCUCAUGAGAAUCAUUCAGCACUUGCUGCUCGGUGUCUACUGUCACUGGAUCCUUCGAGAUGUGUGCUCUUGCUACUACUCUGCAGUGAAUUUAAAAGCACAGUUGAUCUCUCUUCUAACCAAGAAUAACCUUGUAUUUUCUUACCUUCUUGACCGAGUUCAUUAAUUUUUACUUUACUCUUUGCACCUCAUGCUUGUGCUGUGAUAAACACUUGUAAAGCAAAAAACAAAAAAAAAAAAGAAAAAAUUUAUAACCUUCAGGUACUUGGUAAUUAAAGAAGGAUGUACAGAUCUAUUUUUUCAAUGAAGAAAAGCCAGAUACAACUUCAGGUUUUAAUAAAACCAUGUUUGGGAAAUCUCAACUAUAAAGUUUCUUCAGGUUAACAGAUGGAAGGAUCAAGCUCAAACUUUGCUUUUUUACGCUGAAUAGAAGCUCUAGGAUUUCUUUGUAGUUGAAUGAAGGCUGUAAGACAGAGAACUAGUUAGCAAUUAGAUAGUUCAGCUCCUAAUUUUACAGCUGUUCCAGCUGUGGAGUGCUCCUGGGCAGCACCCUGGAGCAGUGCUAGGAAGCCCAAACACGCAUGUCAGGUUACUGAACACGACAGCUCUGCAAAGUUCUACUUCUCCAUAAACCUUAAGCCAAGAAAGCCAUGAUCAAAUAUUGGGUUUUGCAUCUAUAGAAACCUGCCUCUACUUCUGCCUGCUUGUAGACAGAGCUACUGCAAAUUUCAAUAUUCAGGAGCUUUUAAGGAUCUAGAUACUAUAAAUAUAUACAAUAUAUAGCUGCUGAGAACUGCAGGAACAAUCAGGUACGUACUCCAAAAGGCUACCCCUGCUUCCACUUGCUUUGGAAACGGGGAUAAGUAAAUGCACAGACACAUUUUAAACAGAUUUUUGUGAGCAUUUACAGGAGAUGACAGGAAGAAUUUACGUCCUAAUUCGCCCAGCUCAAGCCCCCGUUGCACCUUCCCGAGGAUUUGCUCUGUACCACGCUCUGAUUUCAGUCUGUAUUUCUCCCGUCCCUGCUGGGACACAGCUCUGUACAGUAUUUGUAGGACCCUUGUACUGCCCCCUGCAGCGCUCACCUGGGCCAGGUGAGCAGCUCCCCACACCCGAGUGGUCUCCUCCUGUAUUUGAAGCUGUGGUGUGUGUAAACGACUCCUGCUGUACAUGAGAAAUGCAGUCUGACUGGAAUUCUGCUUGGACACAAUAAAAGCAUUUUGUGCAUCUA